UGAGUAAUUGGCUGUCGAAAAACUGCUCCAAAAUGGAAAAACUCAAAUCUUGGUAAACGUAAGUAUUUUCCACAAAUCAAUUUUUUCUCUCGAAUGGAUGAAGAAUGGAUCCAUAAAAUUGUAGAUAAAAUGUAGAAUUCAAAGUGCCCAGAAUUAAUUGUAGUGGUUUUAAAAAUAAUAGUAGAAGCGUCUACGGUUAUGUCAGAAUAAGAAGUUUCAUUAUUCUUUCAAAUUCAAAUCUACAAUUGAAAUCGCUCUACCCGAAGUCAUUUCGGCACAUCUUCCAAGAUUUGACUAUCCAUCUAAUAAUAUGCAUUCAAAUGAAAUUCUAACGCCUAUCUCAAUGUGUAAUUGAUUUCAAUGGAAAAUGUGUCAAACGUAGAACAUAAAAAAAAUAAUAGCAUUUCAAAAUAACAAACUUUAUCAAAUGAAACAAACAAAAAUCAUUUAUUGAACAUUUGCCUGUGUCAAAUUGAUUGUUGCAAAUUAUUUUUGCAGCGUUUGUUAGGACAAUAAUGGAAAAUUUCAAUUCUAUAUAUAGUCUAAUUAAAGUUGAGGGAAAUCAGUAUUGAUCUAUGUUAAAUUUAGUAUUCAAAUAUGAAGCUAUUCGUUUCCAAUUGUUUGGCCUCGCUCUUUAUUUGUAUGGCUGCAUUCGAAGCCGUAAACUGUCAUCCGGAUACAACACAUUUGCCACCAACGAGUGAACGACCACCAUUCCAGGAUUGCGGAAUAUGCCCAACAAUUGUUCAGAACAUAAGGAAUGCGGUUAAGAAAAACCCAACUGCAGAACGCGUUCAACUUGUAUUCAACGCCAACUGUUACCCUUCCAACCGAGUAAUAGAUCCAAAAGCAAUAAUAACUGGACAUAAGUGCGAGAAAUAUAGACCACACAUGGAACAAUGUGCACCGCUAAUUGCCAAUUUUAAUAUUGCUGCUAAUCAUAUUUGCGAAAUAUUUGAUGAAUGCAUGAUGGUAUACCCAUAAACGUUCCAAUAUGGAAUUAAAAAAAAGUAGUAACCAAU